AUGAAUCCAAACAACGUUUUAGAGGCACUGACACUCCUCGAAACGUCCCCUCCUCAACCGAUAUCCACACAACUCAUCCGCCUCUUUACGUUAUUUCAAGACGUCCCUGCUAUUGUCUCUAAAGCGUUUUCAGUGAUCUCCCUCUGGCAAUAUCAAGACCAAAAAUUCAGUUACGAGUUAUUCAACAUCUUGCCACUCUCCUUCUUCCACGAAUACCUCCGCGGGCAGAACAUCCUCUACGUGUGCUCCUCGUUGAUUAUUAUCAGCAACUUCGUGAACGACGGAGGGAAGAUGAGUACCCAACUCUACAACGAGUACUCCGCAGAGCUCUUCCAGUUACUCCACUGCUCUGUCGAACAAGUCCAAAUCAACGCAGCACUUGUCUUCACCAAUUUACUCAUGGCAAAACCAUUUGUUGGAAUGGACAUCGCGAAGACGGCGGUUGCGGUGUGUGUCGAAGCAAUCGCUUCCAAGUCGGAACUCCUUAUAACCAAUUCGUUGAUAGCGCUGAGGAACUUUUCGUGUAACAAAGACCCUCAAGUUGACUCUGUGAUGAGCACCAAUGCGAUGGGGAUUUGGGAGAAGUUUGUUUUAGUUCCAAAAGACGUAUUCGAUAAAAAUCUGGCGACUGUUGCGGUAAUUCUGUCGAACAGUUUGAUGUCGAACAGCACGACGUUGAUGAAUAAAAUACUCGAGACGAAUAUUGUCGAAACAAUUGCGUCGCUUGUGAGAACGAACGACGACAUGAUGUGUAAGAAUGGGUUGUUCUUCUUCGAGAAUUUCAUUGUGGACAACAACAGGGAGGUGUCGUUCAAUUUGUGCGAGAGAGUCUCCCGUCUUGGGAUCGCCGAAAUUGCAAAUGAAGUUGUCGCAAAGCAAAUAAGAAGUCUGGCGACUGUUGGAGAGGCGAUGAGGUUCUGGGUCAAUUACUUUGACUUAUGUUCUAUUGAACGAAUACGACCAUUUUACAACAAUCAAAUGUUUAUAGAUGCUCUUAAAAGGAUAAUGGAUGUGACUGAUGUCCGGAUGGUAGUGAAGGUGAUGUUGAUAGUGAGAAGGAUAUGUGUUGAUUAUCAACAAAGUGGCGUGUCGGUACAAGACUUUUUGGAUGGGAAUAGUCUUACUGAUACCAUUGUGAUGUUUACUACACAAAGCGAGUCGACGAAGUUACGAAAUGUCGCGAUUAACAUCACUAAAAUGUAUAACGACGACUCGGAGUUUUAA